AUGAAUCAUGAGAACGAUGCUGAGGAUGAGGAACAAGGCUUGUCUGAAAAUGCAACAAGGCUUGUUUUGGAGGAGAAUGAAGAUGAUAUGGAAGAUGAAUUAAACUUGUUUGAUAUUGAAAAGAUGUGUGAGAUUCACUAUUUACUACCGAAUGAGGAGAUUAUAUCAUUGAUUGAAUCAUAUGUUUUGGAGUUUCUAUUUAAAUUGAUUGAGAAUGAUGAAAAGAAUGGACAAGAUUUGAUUUUAAAUUAUUCAUUCGGAACAAGGGAUUCGAAUCAGUCUAAUGGAGAAAGGCUUCAUCAAAUAAUUAAAUCAAAAAGUGGAACAUUUGAGAAGAAGAGUUUGAAAAAUAAUCAUCUUAAGAAGAAUCAUCUUGUUUGGCUGUUGAUGAAGGAUGUUCAUUUACUGUUGAAUUGUAGGAAGAAGAUUACUCAGAGAGAAUUGUUUUAUAUGAAUGUUACUACAUUCAGGGAUCAAAUUCAAUGUAAUAGAUGUUUGUCAACUGUUGGUGAUGUGUUGAAGGUUGACAGAUCCUUAUUGAAUAUCAUUUGCAUGAGUAAGGGAUUUAUUUACAGCAAUGAUGGAAGAGGAAAUAGCUUGUUAUCGCUUAAUGGAAACAAACAGGCCUCAGUGGAAAGCAUUCCAGGAGAUUUUCCCUCAAUUGAUUAUUUUGGAAAUGUGGACACUGUGUUAAUUAUUGAGAAAGAUGCAAUAUUUAGAAGACUUGUGGAAGAUAAGAUUUUCAAACUUGUUAGGAAUUGUUUGUUGAUUACUGGAUGUGGAUAUCCAUCGAUUGUGACUCGUUAUGUUGUGAAACAUGUUUCUACUAGAUUUCCAAAUGCUAGAUUAUAUGCUUUAUGUGAUUUCAAUAUUUUUGGAUAUCAAAUUAUGAGUACAUACAAGUAUGGAAGUGUUGAAAUGAGUAGACACAAAGUUCAACAAGAGUCAGCACUCAAAGAUAGACUUCAAUGGCUUGGAAUGAAUUACGAAGAUGUUAAGGACAUUCCACAUUAUUACAAUCAGCCAAUAUCUCAAAGAGAAAUUAAUCUUAUUGAUCUGAAGGGAUUAAACUUUUUAUCAACAUAUCUAGCUAAGAAAAUUUCAAAAUUUAAUAUUGUUAAAUAAAUUAAAAAUUAUACAUUUCAGGAUGGUCCAAUUUGAUUUGGAAAUCAAUUUCACACAGUGUGUUCACACAUGAUAAUAUUAAUUCUUGAACGUGAGGAUCUAAUAUAGAUGCUUCAAUAUUGUAAUAUCUCUUCAGUAUAGCUUGAUUCUUGAAUAUUAAAUUAAUAAAAUUGAAUAAUCUGUGAUGAUUCAAUGCCAAACACAACCAAGUUCUAAAAUGUAAAUGCCUAUCGAAAAGCAGCUCGUUUCUAGUAAUGGAUUUAGAAAUAAGGAGUGUGUAAUGAACAAAAUCAAAGUAGUGUAAUUGUUCAUUACUCAAACCUGAAGUGUCAAUUAAUUCCUGUUGGGCAAUGGCAGUCGACAACCCACUCUUUACAUAAUCAGGCAAUUGAUAUUGUAAAUAAUAAAACAUUUCAAGAAUUACACUCCAUAUGUGAUAGUAUCCUUUCAUUACUGAUUGGAAUUUAAUUCCCUGCUUGAAAAUUCGUUCAAGAAUUGGACACAGAGUACAUCUGGCAAACUUUGAUAUGUGAACUAGAUCAUCAACUUUGAGAUUCUUCUUAGAUCCAACAAAUUUAGCAAUAUCCUCUGUUGCUCUUGUGAGUUGAAGUACAUUUUCAACACUUCCUUUCAAAUGAAUAUUAAUUGCAUAAACAUCAAGUUUUUUUGGAGUGUAUCCUAAACAAAAGUUCAUCUGAUUCAAUAAUUCAACAAUUGAGAGGAAUUCAUCUCUAUGAGUACUAUCUACCAUGAUUGAUGU